GAGCACGGGAAGGUAGAGGAUUGGUGGAGAUGCAGCUUAGGAUUCCACGCAUAGUCAAGGGGUUUCUGGUUGGUUGGUAAGUGGGACUAGCCGGGACUCAUAGGCACCGUGUCUUCUACGAGAGCUCGCAGUCCCAUUCGGAGCCUCAGAAACGCGUCUAGCCGUCUUCCUCCACGGAACGAGUUCCGUCCGUUCGUUCUGUUCGCGCGUUCUUUAUCCUCGAUAUUCGAUUGUACGACGAUCGACGAUGCGGAAAAACUUGAACAGCUCCGUGGCCUGAAUCGCUCGGAACUCUUCCAGAGGAGAGAGAGAGAGAGAGAGUAUCGGAUACGGAAUAGGUAUUUGCGAGAUUUCAAAUCGACACCGAUACGUCGCGUUUUUUACUGCUCUCUCGUUCGCGAAUAAACAUCGUCGUUCGGUUUUCCGCGAGCUAGCGGAUCGCGCGAGGAACUGAAACUCGAAGACACCGGAUCGAGGUUGGGCCAAGGGUCGGGGUCGAGGUCGAGACCCAGAUCGGGACCAGCGUCGAAAUCGAGGCCGCGAUUGGACACCGAGGGAGAUACGAGCAGGGAUAAAGAGGAUUCGCCCGUCGCGAAAUCUCUUCUGUCGAUCGAGAAUACUUAAACGAAGAGAUGGAACCGAUCCGAGGCGCGACGUGGCUGGUUCUGCUGGCAGUCGGCUGCACGGCUCUGCCACCGCAGUCGCAGACUCUCACCAAGGGCAACGACAAAAUGAAACAAACCAAGGUGCCAUUGUUCUUUAACGAGAACGAGUCUAACGAACUUUCGGCAAUCACGUCGGACAAGGAUAGUAACGGAGCGAACGGCGUCGGGACCACCGCGACCAGCAGCGUCGACGUCGGCGCGAACGAUACCGCGUCUAAAUCGUCGUCGCGUUUCGGUGUUUCCACCGCGAUCAACGCGACCACCGCGCCGUCCUCGUCGUCGUCUUCGGUGACGUCGACGCCGUCGAUGUCACCGGACAAGAGUCAUCAGACGCUCGAACUGCCGUCGACGAGUUCGUAUCUGCCAGUUCCGACGGUCGGCGACGCGAGAACGGAAUCCGGUUCGUCGACGACGAGCAGCCGUGGCAUCGGCACGACUUCGAGGACGACGCCGAAGACGUCCACGACUCUGGCGACGAACGCGAGCAGCCCGAACACGGGUUCGAGCGCGACUCCCACCGAGACGUCGUCCAGGACGAUCGCCUCCGAUCAGAACAACGCCAGCACGUUUCUGUCCUCGUCGAAGAAGUCGACGACGAGCUUCGUCGAAGUGACGACCACCCCUGCACCGGUUUCCUCCAAGGAGACCCGCGAGUCCACCGCGAAAAUUCGUCCGCAGAUCAAACUGACGACCAACUACACGAAUCUCAGCGAGACGGGCGUACGGUUACCCGAGGGGGCGAGCGCUGCUCUGGCCAAGCCGACCAAGUAUCAUUACUACCCGCAUAAUCAGCAUAUCUACUUGUUGCCGGAGUGCGCGGUCCAGCAGGUCUGCAACGCCGUUUACGUCAGGCUGAACUUCACCCAGCCUCUGUGUGCCUGUCCAGGAAGAUACCGCGACCCUUGCAGCGCCUCUCUCGACAGCGACGAUCUCCACACUACGGAGCUGGUCACCGACCCUCGAACCAAGGCAUUGACGUUGGUGAAAACCUGCGAACCGGUGGCGGAGAUGCGCGAGUGCAGAACGCCGAGGGACUGGUCUCUCCUCGCGCUGCAGAACGUGCGGACAGGAAAAUCUCACUAUCUCGUGAUAUGUCGCUGCCCCGACGCCAACAUAUUGGAGGGUCCUAUGAGCCACGAUCAGCCGACGUACGCCAGCGUGCCUGGGAUCCGCGUGUACGGGAUGAUGUGCGUGCAAGGGAACAGAAGAGGACGGCCGCUGCGAUACACGCGCAGUCUUUCAGAUUACGCCGAGCUGGGAACCGGUGACGAUUCCAAGGUAACACCGAACGACCGAUCGAGAUUCCCGUGGUACAAAGUGAAACAGCUGAUGGACACAGCCGUUUGGGACUAGGUCGACUUACAGCCGAACUCUGAACGACGCGAUAAAACGUGAAGAGAAUCUAGAUCGUACCACGACACGGAAUUUCGUUCAUCGACAUUCGACAUUCCUCAUUUAUUUAUUCGCUUCGCUUUCCCUAGUUUCUUUCCAUUUAUCACCCAUCUGUUGCUUACUUUAUUUAUGUUGUGUUAUCAAUAAUGCACCCGAGAGAACAGCAGUCCGAGCGAAAGUAUGGCGAGGUGCCAUGUAGACGAUCGAACCUUGCCUCCUCGAUUCGGGCUUCGCGAUCGUGUGAAUCGUCUGAUCGAUUCCGAUUACGGGGCUCGAGUACUUAAUUAUCACGUUUCUAUCGAUUAGAAAUUGAUCGUGACGCGAAGCAAUCGACGAAACUACGCACCGGUCGACGCUACCGUGUUAUUCUCGCCUGACGAACAAAUCGGGACAACGACUGAACAUAUUUUCUUGGCACCGACUCUGUUUCAAACGCUAUCGGGACAAAGAGACCUUCUGUCCUCGACUCGUUCGAUGACUUGGACUUUUCACAACGUCGUUAUAAAUACGCGUGACCAUCUCGUAUUCGGAUUGUGAACUGCGCAAUUUUCGAUCGCCGGUCGGAGUGUAUGAAUCUAAACCGUUACGUUUUCUUAAGUAAUCGUUUCCUCGACAGCAGGGAUGGAAACGUUAAAUUACAUCGAAUAAGUCGAACUGGUGACAGAUGACGUCUUACCUUCUACGUCUGUUUAGUAAAUUCGCUAAAGUAGAUUAAUCGCACUCUAUGUACGAUACAUAUCAAGUAGAUACGUAAGUGGAUCAUUAAAUGUGCCGAAUUUCCGAGAUUAAAUAUUCGAGUAACACAAGUA